AUGAAGGUCCUAGUGCUAGUGUCUGCCUUUGUCCUGGCUUCGGCCAACGUCGUCAAAGAUGACAUCUACGCUAGUACCGUCAUCGGCAGAGAAUCCAUGGUCAACAUGGACAUCAAGACGAAGGAGCUCUGCAUCAUGAAGUUACUGAACCACAUUUUGCAGCCAACCAUGUACGACGAUAUUCGGGAGAUUGCCAGGGAGUGGAUCAUUGAAGAGAACCAGGACAAGUAUCUGAAAACUGAAGUCGUAAGGCAGUUUAUUGAUACCUUCAAGAUGGGUAUGCUUCCGCGGGGUGAGGUGUUCGUCCACAGCAAUCAUUUGCACAUUGACCAGGCUAUUAAGGUCUUCAGGAUUCUUUACUUUGCCAAGGACUUUGAUGUAUUCAUGAGGACUUGCUGUUGGCUAAGGGAGCGCAUCAACGGCGGCAUGUUCGUUUAUGCCCUUACUGCGGCUGUGUUCCACAGGAGCGACUGCAGAGGAAUCGUGCUUCCUGCCCCCUAUGAGAUCUACCCCUACUUAUUUGUCGAUAGCAAUAUAAUUCAAAAGGCCCUCAUGAUGAAAAUGACCCGAGCCGCAAGCGAUCCCGUCAUCAUGGACUACUACGGUAUCAAAGUUAACGACAAGAACUUGGUUGUUAUUGACUGGCGCAAAGGAGUCCGUCACACUCUGUCUGAAAACGAUCGUAUCGGUUACUUCACUGAGGACGUCGACCUCAAUACAUACAUGUACUACCUGCACAUGAGCUAUCCAUUCUGGAUGACUGACGAUCUUUACAAUCUGAACAAGGAGCGUCGUGGUGAAAUCUUAUCUUACGCAAAUAUGCAACUGCUAGCCAGGUACAGACUGGAACGUCUAACUCAUGAAAUGUGCGACAUAAAGACCAUAAUGUGGCAUGAGCCUUUGAAGACCGGCUAUUGGCCAAAAAUCCUUCUUCACAACGGAGAACACAUGCCUGUGCGUAGCAACAAUAUGGUGCUGCUCACCGACAAGAACGUUAAGGUUAAGCGUAUGUUGGAUGACGUUGAGAGAAUGCUCCGUGACGGCAUCAUGACCGGCAAGAUAGAACGUCGUGACGGUACUGUAAUCAGCCUAAGAAAACCUGAAGAUGUUGAAAACCUGGCUAGACUGCUGCUUGGUGGUAUGCGUUUGCUUAAUGAUGAUGCCAAGACUCUCCAUAUGAUGAAUUUGAUGAGGAAGAUGCUAACUUACAAUGUAUACAACACUGAUAAGUACACCUACAUACCCACUGCUCUGGACAUGUACACCACUUGCCUGCGUGACCCUGUCUUCUGGCAGCUGAUGAAGCGCGUUACCGAUACCAUCCACAUGUUCAAGAAAAUGCUUCCUAUGUAUACUCGUGAUGAACUUGACUUCCCUGGUGUCAAAAUCGACAAGAUCUCUACCGACAAACUUGUCACUUUCAUGGAUGAAUACGACAUGGACAUCACUAAUGCUGUAUACCUUGAUGAGACUGAGAUGAAGAAGAAGCGCUCCGACAUGACAUUCGUGGCCCGCACUCGUCGCCUAAACCACCAUCCCUUCAAGGUGGCUAUCGAUGUUACGUCCGACAAAUCAGUGGACUCUGUUGUACGCAUUUUCAUCGGUCCAAAGUACGACUGCAUGGGCCGCCUUAUGUCCGUCAACGACAAACGCCACGACAUGGUAGAGAUUGAUACCUUCACGUACAAACUAGAGACGGGCAAGAACACUAUUGUGCGUAACUCUUUGGAAAUGCACGGUAUCAUCGAGCAGAGACCUUGGACCCGCCGCAUCCUUGACCAAACCUUGGGAAUGAGUGAAACCACAUUAAAGAACGUUGAUGUCGAAAGUUGGUGGUACAAGACCCGCAUUGGAUUCCCACACAGGCUUCUCCUGCCCCUUGGUCGCAUUGGUGGUAUGCCUAUGCAGAUGUACGCCAUCGUCACCCCAGUAAAGACCGGCAUGCUCCUACCGACCAUCGACAUGAGUAUUAUGAGAGAUCGCAAAAUGUGUCGCUUCAGCGUUUGCUUCGACACAAUGCCGCUCGGCUUCCCCUUCGAUAGAAGAAUUGACACUUCCUACUUCUUCACUAAGAAUAUGAAAUUCCAUGACAUUACGAUUUACAGGAAAGAUAUGGACAUGGCCAACAUAAGCAAGGACAUCGACUUGUCAGACAUGGUGCUGAAGCAGGACGACCUCACGUACCUGCACCGUGAUAAGCUAGUGAGAUGGUCUUAUAGAGACUUGAUGAUGACGAGUGCAGACAACAUGAUGAGGAUGUAA